GUGCAACUGGUAAGCAGUAUAACUAUUUUUACAAGUAUAAUCAGGCUGCCAAGUCAUCAACGUAAAGAGGCUCUUCUGAAAGGCAAAUUGGACAGCUAGCAGUUGUGAGAUUCUUCUGCAUGUGAACAAUUUGCCACGGCUUCCAUUAAUUUCAAUUAAACUAAACACUCUAUUCUGUUCAAGCAGCUUUAUUUGUCAUUAUCAUUCAGCAAUGGUGUGGAAAUCUUUAGGUAUUACUGGAGUGUUCAGAUUGUUGGUGAGAUAGAAUUUCAUUCCACAAGUUGUUACUUGUUACGUGUACAUUUGCUUUGUAAUCAUAAUUCAAAACUAAACAAGAAAACGUUUGAAUAUGUCAUAGCUUAUCGACUGGAAAACUGGAAAAUAUUGUAUAAAUUUCAUUUUGAUUUCGUUUCAUUUGAUUUUAUAGUAAGAGGUAAAGAAUUGGAUACUGAUUACUGAGAAUACAAUCUUUUAUAGUGUUGUUAUGUUGCACAGAAAUGUUUGAUUUUUUUAUAAGCUGAAUUUUAUUGAAUGUUAGAUUAAUAUAUUUGCAUUGAAAUAGCCACUGAAACCGAUAUGGCAAUAAACUGAAAUACAUAUAUCAAUUAACAAAUUUACGACUAGUCAGUGUUCUGGUGCAGAGCUCAUUUUAUCCUCCAUUAUCCAAGGUCACACUGACCUAACUUAAAUCUUGCUGUUUCCUUCAUGCCGUGAGGCCUUGACACAUUUUAAAUGAGCGUUGGUAUCAGUCAGCACUCAGAUAGCCUGCUUGAUGUCACGUGCUAAGCUGUGGUGUUUGUGGAGAUUGAUCUGGAGGUUAGGCAGAUGCUAGCUGAAUGUUAACGAGUCUCUGAGCCUCUUUGACGGCCUUGUGAGUCAUCUGGAUUGUGAAGCUGCACCGCUCCAGCCCCAUUGAGGCAGCACAGUGCAGCCACGGCUGAGCGCUAGCUGUGCUUGGCAUGCUAAUGGGGUGCUUUGUGACUAGCUCUGAUGGUGUGAGAGAGAAUGCCACUGAUUUUGUGAAUGGGGCUUUGCGAGACUGCAGCUGGGAACGGGUGUUGAUGAUUCUGUCAGCGUCACCGGCAAUUCAGGCUUCAAGAUAAACGUCCCUUGUGCAUGAAUUACAGCUGGCUGAAUGGGUAGCAAAAGAUGGAGGAGGGGAGGAAGCGAGGCAAGCUGUGAAUGACAUUCGGAAAUAUUGUAGGCCGAGACGGCACACUGAGGGAACUGUGCGAUGCCAGUAUGAAAGUGUAAUGUGGCGCCCUCAAGGCCUGUAGACUCACUCGAGCAGGGAUCAUGUUUUAAAGCGGACCAACCAUGAAAAGCUUAGGGGCCAGCCACGCUCGUCACUUGUCAGACUCCUGCAUGCCUGUGGCAGGUCCCCAGGAGCCGAUAUGCCCCUUGACCCCAGACCCCCAUGCAACAUACCUCCUAAACCCCACCAUCAGCCAUUAUGGCACUCUGGAUCCCCACAUGCACCACUUCCCUCCAGCAAGCCCCAUUGCGCUGCAGUCCGACUGCCUGCUGCCGCUCAACAACCAGCUGACCACCAGCAACACCUUCCCUCGCUUCCAGUUCCCCUCCCAGGUCGAUCAGACUGAGUACACUCAGCAGGGUUGCGUGUCUCAGACGGCUUCUCGCACAGGCACCCUCACCACCUCCGCAUCUAUGGGAAUGGGCUUAGGUCUUGGACUCACGGUUCCACCGAUGAUCAGCAGCGGCACGGCAACGAUCUCCUCAGCCGCAGCAGCCAAGAUGAACCGCAUCCCGACUGGCUUGCUGGACCAGCUAGAGCACCACGUCCCACUACAACGUGACGGCUUCAGCACGCUUCAAUUCCAUAGGCGGAGUCGUGGUGCCAAGCAGCGCAGUGAGAGCCCUGGUCGCAUCCGCAACCUGGUGCACUCUGUCCAAAAACUUUUCUCCAAGACUCAGUCUGUGGAGGGCUCGGGUGUUAAGGGGACUGUGCAGGGAGCCGAUGGCACCAAGGCCACACGCCGGUCCAAGAGUAAGGACCGUGCCAAGACAGAGGGUGCCAAGAGACGGGGACGGCCCAACCUCUCCGGGUUCUGGAGCUCAGAUGAUGCUCUGGAGGAUGAAGCAACGACUCAAGAAGCAACUGGUCCAGUGGCCGUAGCUUACCGUAACCCACUGAGCAUGAUGACACUGGGCAGGGCAGUGUCAGACAGCCAGGCACCUCCCAGAACCCACGCACAGGGCUACAAUACCAUCGCUGCUCACCGUUCUCUCAAACCCUCCAAGAGCAGUGGAGAGCUGAAAACCCAGACAGUGUCCUCGACUAUUGGACCAGCAGGAGAUGGCACACUGGCAAAAAGAGGUUCAUGGUCAACGCUAACUCUUAGCCAGGCUCGGCAGGUGCUGCAGAAAGGCACAGCCACAGUGAACCGGACACUGCUCAAGUCUAAGUCCUACCACCAGGAGCUGACCUCCAACUUCCUACAGGUUCCUGUUGGGGAUUGGAGCGGGACACUAGGUAAGGGAACAGGAGCAGGAGGGGAGAUCCCAUGCAGGAGAAUGCGCAGUGGCAGCUAUGUCAAAGCCAUGGGCGAUCCCGAGGACAGCGACCAGUCUGACAGCCCUCCCUCACCAAAACCCUCGCCAAAAACAGCCGCUCGGCGCCAGAGCUACCUAAAGGCCACACAACAGUCACUCAGCGAACAACAACCGCCUCUGCCACCUCGCAAACACCGCUCAUGCCCAUUCAUGUGGGAGCAGUACAGGGUGGCAUGGGCUCCUCUACAGAACGCCUACUCCAUGCAGCAUCUGGCAAGCUGCUUGCCAUCUCUGCGAGAACUCACCACCAACCGCAGCCUGGAUAACCUGGACUGUCUGGUGGGGCAGAGUGAUUCUCAGCACUGGGACAGAGAAGGGAACUUCAGUCACGGCUCGUCCACACUCGGACGGGGUUCUGGCAUUAGCCAGAUGGAUCAGAGCUGUCUGUGCUCAGCGGCUUACGGCCACAUGGACUCGCAGGCGGUGGAGGCUCUGGAUCUGACGGCACCGACCUGCUUCCGCUCGCGCAGCCACAGCUACCUGCGUGCCAUCCAGGCCGGCUGCUCUCAGGAUGACGACUCGGACUCAGACGAGCCUCCGCUGAACACCAGCAGCAACAUGAGCACCCGUAAUAAGACUCCGCCCCCGGUUCCUCCCCGCUCCGCCUCCAAGCCCUUCAUCUCGGUGACGGUGCAGAGCAGCACGGAGUCGGCGCAGGACACCUACCUGGAGCAGCGCAGCGAGGCCAACAGCCAAUCGGGACGCAGCAACUCCUCGGACAGCGCCACCAGCUCGAGGACGGGCAGCCUGGCCAAAGCUCCUCUCCCCCUGAUACCCCACAUCCCCAUACCCGUCCCCCUGGUGCCCCCCAUCCCCGUCCCGGUGCCCAGCGCCCGUGUGAGCAGCCCUCCUCCUCCUCCUGCCCGGGAAACCCAAACCGUGAGCGUCGGCUUCACGCAGGACGAACUGCGGGGCGCCGCCAGGAGGAAACUCUCCUCCAUCGGCAUCCAGGUGGACUGCGUUCAGCCCGUGCUCCGAGAGGAACACACUCCCACCACGAAGUUCCAGUCCAUCGGAGUUCAGGUGGAGGACGGCAGGCCGCUGAGCCGCUUCAGCAGCAUGGCGUCCAGACAGGAGACGGCCGACGCCGAGACUCAGGACCGGACGGACAGUAAAGCUUUGGAGACCAGCUGCAGCGCUUGCAGCACUCAGACGCUCGACUCUCCCGGCAGCGCAGAGAGAGCGCAGAAAUCCUCUUCCACCAUGCCGGAGAGCGUCGAGGCGGCUCUGGACCCGUCCUCUCUACCGCCUCCUCCUCCGUCUCUGCAGAGCGUGAGCGUGAACGGAGCGUCAGAGCAGCCCGGUGCCCCGGCGGCGUGCCUCAGGGACGGACACUGCUUCCUCCGACUCCUACAGGCCGAGACGGGGCGCAUGGACGCCUGGUGCCAGCAGAUGGAGCAGGAAAGCAAAGAUAAGCAGCUCUCAGAAGAAGUGCUGGGGAAGAUCCGCAGUGCGGUAGGCAGCGCUCAGUUGCUCAUGUCUCAGAAGUUCCAGCAGUUUCGAGGCCUGUGUGAGCAGAACCUGGACGUGAACGCUCAUCCGCGGCCCACUGCUCAGGACCUGGCGGGUUUCUGGGAUCUUCUGCAGCUCUCCAUCGAGGACAUCAGCAUGAAGUUCGACGAGCUCCACCUGCUCAAGGCCAACGACUGGAAACUGCCAGAGAGCAGCAGCAAAAAGGAGGAGAGGAAGCCGGUGAGCGUAACGACGCCGAAGAAAGCACCGAAGCCCAAAGCGGCAGGGCCGAAGGAGAAGAGCAGCGGAGACUCGGCCGCUGAUAAACAGAGACAGGAAGCGCGGAAGCGGCUGAUGGCUGCCAAACGAGCCGCAUCCGAGCGCCAGAACUCUGCCACAGAGAGCGCUGACAGCAUCGAGAUCUACGUCCCUGAGGCUCAGACUCGUCUCUGAGAGAAACCUCACACACUCACACACACACACACACACACACACACACACUCACAUGCUUCUGAAGCGUAUGGAGACACAGAACUACGAACAACACGAACUUGGGAAAUAAAUAAAUAAAUAAACUGUGUGUCAGCGCGGAGAUUCGCGGUGCUGCUGAAGAAGUUUAUUACUGUUCUUCUUGUUAUAAUAAGAAUUAUUAUACAGAGCUGUAAUUAUCUCACGGAAUAUAUCAAACACCCGCCUGUAAAUUGUCCUCAUAUCGCAGACGCAACGUCGCGUGUGUUCAUGUGGGAGUGUGUUCUAAAGAAUCCUACGCCCUUCGGUCACUCCGCCCACCCCGAGCCAAGCUGACACGCCCCCAAGCACGCACUCAGGAUUCUGCACGUGUGCACUUGUUUUACAGCAAUGUGGUCUUCCUCUCCUCGCCUUCAUCAUCAUCACUAUUAUUAUUAUUAUUAUUAUUAUUAUUAUUAUUACUGUCAAUGGUUUAUCAUCUUUUAGGGCAUUUGAAUCAUACGAAUGUGAGAUAUGUAGGUUUUUUUUUUUUUUUUUUUUUUGGGUGCUAAUCCGCUUCAACCUUCACACAUUUGAAAAUUCAUUAAUUAGACUUCACAACAGUGGCGUUCACCCUGCGUUCACACUAGCAAGCAACACACGAGAUCCAUUUCCUGUUAAUCUUCCCAUUUCAUUUGAUUUUCUCCAUUUUGUAACUUGCCAUAUUAGGAAUAAAAAACUUCAGGGCAUGCAGUAAUAGGAAAAUAGUCAACAAUAAAGUGUCCUGUUUCAGCAGUUUGCCAACGAUUACAAUUAUUUAUUUAUUAAAGAAUGACGCAUACUUGUUAUCCGUUUAUAGUUAUGCGUAACAUCCAUGAAACAGGUUCGUUUCUGUUACGGCGUUAGCUGUAAACCGUCAUUCCGUCACCAGUCUCUCUUUUUUCCUUCUAUUCAGUUUAAUAAAACAAAAACGCAGCUUGUCACGUUACAAGCGUAAAGUCCUCUGUCCUGAAAACAUGGCAGAAAACUUACUGACUGUUACAAAGCGCUGACACUGGAGACUCCUUCCAAAUAUAUUAAAUAAAAGUCUCCUUACAGGAAACGUCACCAUAUCAAAUAACAACACAUUUUAAAAAUAUUAUUAUUGUUAUUAUUAUUUUUGGGCUUAGAUGACGUGGAGCGUCCACAUACACGUCCCAGUGUAAGUUGUUAUUGAUGAUAGAAACGAUAGCGUGUUAGAGCGAGCGCAUUAAUAUAAACCUGUGAUUUGCACAGAUCUGCUGUUAGAAAAUGAAUCAGCCAAUCAGAUGUGAGAAUUCAGCAGCGCUGUGGUGUAAAGGGUUCCACAUCAAACGAAAGGUUUUAGACUGAGCUUUUUUUUUUUUUUUCUUUCUGAUUCUAGAUAGAGGUUAGGUUGAAAAAGUUCUACUCGUGUUUUCCAUCAUAUGUGUGAUGUGUUACAUUUUUGGACACAGUUAAAAAUUUUGGCUCGCGGAUCUAAAAAGCACUCGGACAGAACACACACACACACACACACGCACGUGACAAACCAGCAGGUGUGAACUCAGGGUCAGGAUGCAGAUCACAAAAAAAUAAGAGCGAGAGAACCUUUAAUUCCUCCAUAUUUAUUGUUUAUUAUUCGGAUUUGCUGGAGAUCAGCAUUUCAGCUGCAAAAUGUCCGACUAAUAGUUUAUUAAUCCUGCAUUUGACUGAAUUUACCCACCAUCCGUGUUUUGCAAUUCCUGUUUGUAAUCGUUUUUUUAUAUUUAAGUAACUUUGUCUUUGUGAUCGUUGUCAUUCCAUGUGUAAUAUGAGCUCUGAGUUUUAAAUCUUCUGCUUUAUGAAUGUAGAGGGGAAUCACUCUUCAGCUGUGUGUUUUCACACACUUUGACUCAUUUGAAGCACUCACAGAUUGGAAGAUUUCAUCAAGGGUUGUUUCAUUGCUUAAGGCUUAUUAGCUUCCUGAAGUUCAUCCACCAUCUACAGAUUCAUUUUUUCCCUGCGAAUGUAAGGAUGUCUGAUACUGACUAUCAGAUUUGCUGGUUUUUUUUCCUGCGUAUAAUAUUUUCCGUCACAAUCCUUUGCCAUACUUCUUUUUUUUCUUUUUUUUUUAAUGCAAUGCAGCUCAUUGAGUGUCAUUAUUUCCAUCUCGCACACGUCAUUAGCUGAAGAAUAUUAACAUUCCCCACAGCAGCACUUUAAAUUAAAAAAAAAAAUUAAAGUCAGUGCCAGAUCAACGAUCAAUAAUCAAUAAUUGGAGCACGGAUAUUGCCGUGGCAACAGGACCGUGCUUAGCUCACACUGAAAUAGUCUUCUUCUCUUGUUCCUCUGUCGUGUGUGCAUCUCACGAAGAGUGUUUGAAAAUCUGUCCAGAAAUAGUGUGUUCACUCUAUUAAAAAAAAAAAUCAAGGGUUACAGGAUACUAGAGAAUAUAUUGCUUUUUUUUAGAAAAUUUAGAACACUUGGGUUCUUUAGUUGGAUGAGAUCUUUAUUUCAUUAGAAGUCAUUUCCAGAGUAUCUAUGCAUCACUUUAGUGUACAACCAUUAUCUUGGGAACAGACUCCAGCUUCGGGGCAAAUCCUGUGAAAUAGUCACGUAGAGUUCACGAUUCUGAGUCACAUGAUUGAAUAUAGCCGUUUAGGACCAAUUUUGCCCUUCAUAAUGUAUCUGUCACCGCUUUCCUCACCACACCUCACCCCACGUUCACACAAGCGAGCGGCAAGCGGCCGUUUAUUUUCUACAUACGUGCUCGACACAGAGCCACGAUUUCAGCAACACUUGAAAUUUGAAUUGAAAUUUUCUCAAUUCUAUGCAAAUUAGGCGUGACGCUGUAAAAUCCAUUCAUGAUUCCUGGCUCGAAUGAUUCCUCGGACCAAUCUUUUAGUGCAUGUGGACCGACAUUUCAUUAGUUCCCCACUCACAACUUUAACUGAAAUUAUUUCCAAAGAUGGACGUGUAUAGAGACAUCAGGAAGAAGAAUGAAGCUUGGAAGGAAGUAGUAAAUCAAACAACUAAUUUUCACACUGGUUAGUGUUUUUCUAGUUAGCUUUAGAAGAUGUUUAUAGCUUAAAAAAAAAAAAAAAAAAAAAAAAACGCUGUAGAAGCCACGCCCACAAGUGAAACAAGAUACUUGUCACUCGCUAGUAUGAACGUAGAUUGAUCCAACCCAUACACAGAGCUCGUGGAAACACAACAUGGCUGUCCAUCCCCGAAUACCACCAAGAUACCAGUCUCUCAAACGCUGCUUAAUGAGUGUGUGUGUGUGUGUGUGAGAGAUAUACGGCAUAUCUGUGAGCUCCAUCGUGCAACACACUCCGAUGUCACACUGUGUUUUGAACCUUGCUAGCAAACAUCACAUAACCCAUAAAACACACACAAUAUGAGCGUUCAAGGUCCAUGUACAUUUCAUGAUUUCAUGACGCCGCUACAAUCCCGCCUUCUUUUUUCCUGUACCGUAGACUGAAAUGUACGCUAGCGUUAGCUUUAGAAUCCGCGGAAUGUGCAUAUUUUGCAUUAUUUUUGAGAGAAGCUGUACAUUUUCAUUGUCCAGAGAAAUAUUAAACUUCCUUUUCUUCUUUUUUA